AUGAGCCUUCAGUGGACUUUGAUAGCUGGCUUUUUAUAUCUCGAAAUUGUGAUUGUAUUGCUCUUGGUGCUUCCUAUUGCAAGUCCCAGACGAUGGAACACUUUUUUCAAAUCCCGAUUCUUGCAAGGCAUUCAACAACAGGCUGGUAUUUAUUUUGUGGUGCUUUUAGCAGUGUUAGUUUUGUUCCUGUUGGAUGCCAUCAGAGAAAUGAGAAAAUACUCUUCACCGGAGGUAACUGACCAUCAACAUUUGGAUGCUGAAAUGCAGGGAAAUAUGAGGCUAUUCCGGGCUCAAAGGAAUUUCUAUAUCUCAGGCUUUGCCCUGUUUCUUUGCUUGGUGAUCAGGAGAUUGGUUACAUUGAUAUCACAACAGGCCAGUUUGCUAGCUCAGUCGGAAGCUGCAAUGAGACAGGCUCAGAGUGCUUCAACUGCUGCAAAGACUUUACUGGCACAAACAGGGGCCUCUAAUGACAAUGAAAGCAAUGAGGCUCAAGAUAAAGAGUUACAGGUGUCUACACUAAGAAAGAAAAUUACAGAGCUCGAAGAUAAGUUGAAAUCUGAGUCAAAAGACAAACAUGCUGUUAAGGAACAGGCUGAAAACAUUACAAAAGAGUAUGAUCGUUUGUUGGAAGAGCACAGCAAAUUACAAAAGAAGUUGCUGGCAAGUGGGGAUUCUGACAAGAAAGCUGACUGAAUCUGUUAUUUAUUUAUUUUUUUUUCUUCAUUUAGGUUGUUGUUAUUAAGGCAUCAUUCGAAUAGGAGUUUUAAGGGAGCUUUCAUAAUUAAUUAUUAUAGGCGUCUUUAUAAAAAUUUAUGUUAUAUUGUCCUCUAUGCAGGUGUUCUGUAUUGCACCUAUUAGCUUCUUUAAAAUAUAAUUGAAGCAAAACAAUAAUUUAUAU